AAAAAAUUAUUUAUUUUUCAAGUGAGAAUUUUUUAACUGCUAUUUUGUAUCAUUUUUUGCGAAUAAUUUUCCUAUCACAUUUUCUCUUGGCUGGAGUGCUAUUGGAUCUCUUGCUGUUAUGAAAUCUUCCCCUCCUUUAUGUAAGAGUAGAGUUCUCUUGGAAAUAUAACAUGAUGCGCUUACUUUCUGCGCAUGCUGCAGCUGUCGAGAUUUAUUAAUCUCGUUUAAUGUGGGGUUGUUGGCAGAAUGUAACACACACAAUCUCUUCUCUCUGGGGAUAUUGGUGAGUUGACUGAAGGAAAAGCCAGUGGAGAAAACUUCUUGUAAUUCCUCCUUUAUUGGAAGGCUAAAAGAAAAAAAGGUUCAGUAUUAUCACACAAUAUGGAUAUGAUACCAUCGCAAUGCAAUCGUCUUUUGUCAUCUAAGCUGAGAAGAAAACUGGAUUACAAAGAAGGAAAAAAUGAAGAUGAACAUUUAGUUGUAGAAAUCAUGAGAAGACGUUUUUCUCCUGCUCUUAUAACUAACAAGUCCUGGGAAAUGUUUCACUUUGUUGGCCACCAGAUAAAAAUUACAGAAGCCACUGACUGUUAUGGGGCAGUAGUGUGGCCAUCGGCUCUUGUUCUGUGUUACUUUUUGGAAACAAAUUCUAAACAGUACAGUCUGGUUGAUAAAAAUAUAAUUGAGAUUGGAGCUGGAACAGGGCUUGUCUCUAUAGUGGCCAGUUUACUUGGUGCAUAUGUGACUGCCACUGAUCUGCCUGAAGUGGUUGGAAACCUUCAGUACAACAUUCUUCAAAACACAAAAACGAAAUGCAAGCAUCAACCACAAGUUAAAGAGCUGUCAUGGGGUGUUGAUUUAGAAAAGAACUUUCCCUGGUCUUCAUGUCAGUUUGACUACAUCAUGGCUGCUGAUGUAGUGUACUAUCAUCCCUUCCUUGAUGAACUCCUCCUCACCUUUGAUCACUUGUGCAAGGAUAACACUGUUAUUCUAUGGGCUAUGAGAUUUAGGCUGGACAGAGAGAAUCAGUUUGUAGGCAGAUUUCAGGAACUGUUUGACCUGGAGGUACUGUCUGAUUUCCCAAGUUUAAACAUAACAUUGUAUAAGGCAAUGAGAAAAAGCAAAAAGGAAGCAUGAUAAUUCAACUUGAAUUAUGUGUGUGUGUUGGUGGGACUAGAAUAUUUCACAGCUAGUUAUUUAAAUAGGUUCUAUUUUAACAAUUGCAGAAGCCUUAGUGGAUAGUAUUUUAGAGAGAAACUGAUGCUAUGACAUAAGCAAAAUAUCAAUUCCUUUAUAUACCUGGAAAGAAAUGCUAAAUUGAAUUUCCAACUAGUGGAACUUAUAGACAAAUUUCUAUUUAGCAAUUUAUUCAUAUUAUGGAAUGAAUGAUCCACAUAGCAGUAGUACUGUUGCCAACAGGCCUUAGUUACUGUUUACAACAGCACCCGACGAGAUUGGAGACCAUAGGAAGCAUAAUGCUAUAGUAAAAUCUUUCUUUUUAAAAGUUAUCGCAUCAAAUUGCACUCUGCUCACCUCACUGUGAUCCACACUGUUAAGAGUCUCUCUUUUAAUAGCUCACAAAGGCCAAUAAGGUUGACUGGAAAAAGUACAAUAGUGAACAAGUACCUACUGAUAAUAGCGGAGAAUGUGAUCCACUAAAUACUUUCUGUAUAAUUUCUAUGAUUCAUUGGUUGAUCAUCCUUCCUUGUACUUUCCAAAUGUCAAGGAUGUUACAGAAGAGUAAUAUCAGGAAUGGACUGUAAGAUAAGCAGGGAGUUUAGCAACUUACUACUUGGGGAAAAAAUAUUGCAUAAGGAUAUUACAACAUAUAACCAAGCUCUGGUUCUAAAAAUAUCCAAUCCUUGGAGCUUUGCUCCUCUCAAAAUCUACCACUGUGGAUCUGUCUCUGAAAGCACAACAAUGUGAUACUGCUCAAUGCCAUAAAUAGAGAGAGGUAGUUAGCGAUGUUGGUCUGAAAUUAGGCAGAAGGCAGGGCAGUGUGUUAUCUUAUGGAUUAACUCAUUCAGAGAGGUAUGAGCUUUCAUAGGCUUUAGACUACUUUGACAAUGAAGCCUAAGCUUAUACUUCUUUGUAUGAGUUGGUCUGUGAGGUGCCACAUUUCCAUGCCUUCUGCCAAAAUGCCAUAAAGUAGGGGUGUCAAAGAUAGAGCUUGUGGGCUGGAUGCAGCCUGGGAAGCCCCAUCCUCUGGAUCUUGGUACUGCCCCUGGUUCUGGAGUUGACCCACACAAUGCAUAUGGCAUGCCAGAUUGGCUCUGCCCUGGGUGGUCUGGGAUCUGUGCUUCAUACAGGAUCUGUGGUGCCCACACCAGCUGGUAUGGGAUGCACACUGCAUGUGACACAUCCCCCUGCACCCUGUUUGGCUGCUCUGGGAAGGGUGCUGUAUGCAGCACAGGUCUUUGACUAGCCACAAUGGGUGCUGUGUAUGGUGCUUGUCCUGGGCUCGCCCAGCACAUAUGACAUGUGCAACACAGUCCUGAGCUGGCUUGAGCAAGUGCCAUGUGUGUUGGAUCCAGCAUGGUUGGGGAGAAGGGAUGAAAUGGUUUAUGGGCCUGAUCUGGCCUCAGGGCUGGCCAUGCACCAUUCAUCCAGUCCAUGGACCAGCCCUGCACCACGCUUCUGGUCCAUAGGACCAGUUGAGUUUGCCACCACUGGAUCUGGAUAGCUUAUAGAGCACUGUUUCUCAAUCUUCUUAGACUGAAGGCACCCCCGUGGAAAAUGCCAGAUUAAAUGCAAUAUUAAGUACACAACCCUCUGGGUUCUCUAUAUAUACAAAUAGGUGUGUGUGUGUGUGUAAAAUUGAACCCAGAGGGGUGUGUGUGUGUGUGUUUAACCCAGAGGUGUACAUGCACACAU